UUUUUCCUUCCUCAACUAAGUGGAUUCCAAGCCGUUCUAACCAUUCAUUACUUGCGAACAGAUCCUUGGCUUUUGUGCUUAAGUUAUGGGAGAAAGGGCUGUAAUCUGGAGCUCCUUCUAGAGGCGAUGACACCUGCUCGCUCCAGUCACUGCUGGUCCAGGCACACUGGGAAAGCUCUACAAGGUCUCAGCUGCCCAAGGUCCAGAGACAGCAAGUAACUCCUUUCAUGACCCUUGACCAUCAGGUAUUCAACCAGACUCUCAAGAGCACACCACCUCCAGCACCAAGCUGUAUGCCUCAGGGAGAGCAUGGACCUAUGAGCCCGGACAGUGAUGCUGCUUGUACAGGAAACCCAUUCACAAAACUGCUGACUCUUGGGAGAGAAGAUGGUCGUGCGGAAUGGCAUUUAUCUGGUAGUAUUUUGGAUGUUUACCCUGAUGAGCAGGGAAUUUCUCCAGUUAACACAAAUCUAAUGAAUGCUUCCUGUCCAAACAUCUUGCCCAUGAAAAAGGAAAUUGCAGAAACUGACACUAGAGCUUUGGCGAAAGAGAGACAGAAAAAGGACAACCACAACCUCAUUGAAAGAAGAAGAAGGUAUAAUAUUAAUUACCGAAUCAAGGAGCUUGGCACUCUUAUUCCAAAGUCUAAUGAUCCUGAUAUGCGCUGGAACAAAGGAACCAUUCUGAAAGCAUCAGUGGAGUACAUCAAGUGGCUACAGAAAGAACAACAGAGAGCCCGGGAGUUAGAACACAGACAGAAGAAAUUAGAACAGGCUAACCGGCAGCUUGUGCUCCGGAUUCAGGAACUAGAGAUACAAGCACGGGCUCACGGUCUGCCAAUGCUGACUUCACUCAGCCCCGCUGAUCUCAGUCCCCACCUCACCAAACAACAGAUCCAUCCUGAGAAGAACUCAGUAGUGGGCUGCUGCCAACAACUGACUCCGUCUCAGGGGACAAGCCCGGAGUUCUGCGAGCAAGCUGUGGCCUUCUCUGACCCUUUGUCCCACUUCACAGAUUUAUCCUUUAGUGCCGCUUUGAAGGAAGAGCAAAGAUUGGACGGCUUGCUACUAAGUGAUACAAUGUGCCCCUUUGGAACAGACCCUCUCCUCUCUGCCACUUCCCCUGCGGUUUCCAAAGCGAGCAGUCGAAGCAGCUUCAGCUCCGAGGAUGGUGAUGAACUAUAAGCCACAAACAGGCUCCAGUCAUCAACCAGGAAGAAAUGCCAUGUUGGUGCUAUGCAAUCAUGAUCUGCGUUUCACACGUUAUUUUUUCUUCAUUCUCUGAAAGGAAUUAUGUUGCCCCUGGGGGGGAAAGUGAUUAGAAGCAAUCGGCAAGUCCAAGGGAAGAGGAAACAUGGUGUUAAAGAAUCGCUGAAGAGCACAGUCUCGUUUCCUCCUUUGUCUACAGAGUCCAGAUUUCUUUAAAUUUGAUUUUCCUGGAAAGUGGUUUACUUAACAAUGACUCUAGGGUGAUACAUGCAGAGCAAUGACAUGAUAUUAUCGGAACUAUAGUCCUUAAAGAGACUGCAAUAUACUACUCCCCUCUCACCUCCGUAUUCUGUGUCACCUCUUAUAGCAUCGCCUUUGUAAAGAAUCAAGACUAACAAACUAGGUGAUAAUUUCCUCUCCACUGUCUGAUGAACCAUAGAUGGACUCUUGUUGGGAAAUUUACUAUAAAAUGAAUAGUUUUACUUAUACUUGAAACUCAGUCUGUAAUAACAUGAGAAUUUCUCAAAAUAAAACAAAAACGUUUCUAAAAAUGUUAUUUUCUAAAAUUAGAUCCUGACUUUUAAAAAUCAGUUCAAUGAGCCUAACUCUGAACAUCUUCUUGCAUAUUUAUGUAUCUAUGCCCUCUUCAGAUACGAACCACAGUGAGGGCUCAGCUCCGGAGCAUGGCCCUCAGUCUUACCCGUUUUACACCAAUGCACACAUACAUAGUGUAAGUAGGGCAUAUUAUCUUAUUUUGUUUCAUUCAUCUGAUUAUCUGAAUAAUGUCAUAAACCAUAUACCAACUAUUCCUUUGCUCUUCAAAAAGAGAUAUGAUAAUCAAUUUUAGUAACUAAAGUAUAAAAUUUCUCCGUACUAGAAACAUUUGUUUGGAUUAAAAUAUGUUUUCAUGUCCAAUGUGAGAUAUAGAUUUCUUAUUCAUAAGGGUUUUCUCAAACAUUGACUACAUAUUAAAUAUUAGACUGCCAAUUGAUAAUCUGUUAGCUGAAAUUACUUUUUAUUUUAUUCAAAUGUGAGGGGAAGAUAAAGUUCUUUUUCCCUUGAAACUUAGAGUGCCCUAUGGUCUUCCUUUCUGUCACCAGUUAGUACAAUGCAAGUAUUUGCAUGUACAGUACUUCAUUGUUCUCUAACUUGUCUAAACUUUGGGAAUUUAUCAACACAUAUAUUGCUAUAUCUGGCAUGUGACUAUAUCUUAAUGAAUGAUCAUCAAUGAAUCAAUGUUCAUGGGGAAAGAGUCAGAUCUGUGCUGGGCCCUGAGAAAAUGUAAAGCAGAUGAGAAGCACAUGACCUAAUUCUUGAGGAGACACUUAACAAGACAACAGGAAAACAAAACCAAACGAUAGAGAAUGUGCAGAGUUUAAAUCUAAACAUAAGUUGUGAAAUAAAAGAAUUCAAAGAAAGCAAAGAUGGUUGCGAAGCUGAGGGGAAAUGCAGCAGGUAAAAUGCAUGGUAUAGCUACAAGGAGAAUUAAUAGAGGGGACCACUAUCAACCAAAUGAUCAAAGAAAAUAAGUAGACAAAUAGCUUCAGGAGACGUUUGGUUGGCAGAUCUAUAUCCCUUUCUUCAGGAGGUGUGAGAAACGGUGUUUUCAUUUAGUUGUAAAGACAAAUACAUCGCGGAUGCCAUAAUACACUAGAGGUUAUAUUGGCUAUUAGAAUAGGAAUUUAGAUAACAAAAUGUAUAUUUCUUGGUUGAGCUGUGAUAUCUGAAAUAUUCAAGUGUUCAGUAUUUUGUACACAAUAUGUCAUCAAAAUCUUUUAAGUCCUUAUGCUAAAGAAAAGUGAUGAAAUGCUAUCUCCUUCUGGACAUUGAUAGUCUCUUGUUUACCAUAUAUCAGCUCAGAUUUGGGAGUAUUAAAAUAAUUUAAUUGUCAUAUUCAUAAUUUCUAGGAAUGACCAUUAAAGUCAGAUGGAUUGAGUCAACCUAAAAUAUGUUAUUUGAAAACAGAUUUUUCUCAAUAUUUUUUCAGAGGGCAUUUAACACUUUUAAUAAUAAUGACAAAAGUUUCCCUCAGGGCUGAUAAUUUGAUCUGACUUUGCAAAUCAUAGGGAAAUGAAUGUUUUGUGGCCCAUGGGAACCAUACUAUUCUAGCUGGGAGAUUAUUUCUUUUGAGACUCUACUGUCCUCUUUUGUGAUAUUCUAAGACUUUUUCAGGUGAUACUGUUGAUUUGACACCAUCUUCCAUUCUCAUGAAGUAAUACUGCUUGUCCGUGAAACUGAGAUCUCAUGGUAUUGGGUAAGAUAAGGACUUGGCACAGAUUGAUAAUUCUGGAGAGGAGGCUAAUACAUUUAAUGCUCCAUUCAGAAUGUGUAAUUUCAGAAAAUUAAAAUUUGGGUAAAGAUACUUUUAAGACAGAGUGGAAUGGUAUUACGCCCCCUGUGUCCAAAAUAAUUUAAAACAUUUAGACAGUAAUUUUUAACUUCACGGCAUAGAGGCCUUGAGAACUUAACAACAGCCAUCUAUUCUUUUUCUAGAAAAAUACAGAACUUUGCAUGGACAAUAAUUUUCCCACAACAUAAAGUUUUAAAGCUCCCCAAAAUGUAUCCAUGGACAUCAAAUGAAAAGUUUCUGCAUCACAUCUGUAACCCACAUAUGAACAUGUGUAUGUCAGUCAAUACCUCAUAUAGUGGAGGGAGUACUUAUCCCCACCAAUAUUCUAAUUCUAAUAGCACUGAAGUUGCAUAGGAAAGUAAAAACACACCAAAUGUAAAAUUAUUUAUCAAAAGUUGUCUAUUCAUAAAGUAGUCAACAACCAAGCAACAAUCCUUACUCAAAAAAAUGACUCUUUUGUGUUGUAUUUUUAAAAUUAUGUUUUCUGUAAAUAUUAUAUUUUGUAUACAUCUUACAGUGAAGUUUGGCAUGACACAUAAAUAUCAAGUUAAAAAUAUAAACUGAAAAAAUAAGCUAUUUAAGCAUCUAGGAAUCUUAGGAAAAAAAAAACCUCAUGAAAACAGAUGAAUAAAAGAAUAUUGUUGCAGACUUUACCUAACAGAGACAGAAGAACUAUUUGUCAAAGCAUUCUACCACAGAAGCCUGAUUAUCAAAUCACUUUUAAUAAACAAUUUGCUAAUAUGCAAAGAAUUAAUGUACAAUUUCAAUGAUAACUUUAGUAAAAAUUUCAAGAUAAUGUCCCAACCAAUCUCUUUUCUCAUUUAUUAUAAAAUGUUGGAUUCCUUCUUGUGGAUUUGCAUUAAUCAGCCUUUUUCAUUUCCCAAUUCUCUGGCAAUAAUAAGACCCCCAAUGAUUAGAUGUAAUGUGUAGUGUUCAUUUUCUCUAAUGCUUGUUCUCUGGAAGCCUUCCUGUAUCAGUUGGAGAACACGUGCCUAGGACAAACUCCCUCAGUUGAGGGUCUUAUCAGUGACCCUGCCUUUAUCUGUAAAGGUAAAAUAAUUCCUCUGAAAAAUAAAUAGCCAGAUGACCUGCAGACACCAGGAAUAGCCUUCGUCUUCAUUUUCAGUCUCAUUUCUUCGUGCUCAAAUGUGACUGUACUUAAAAUGCUUCCUAGGGAUUUCCUUCAAAAAUACAUAUAACAAGUGUCUUGAUUUUGUGUGCCCAUUUACCACAACCUUAGAAGAAAUUACAUUUCAUAAAAGAAAAAUUGUUUACUUUUCUUUUCAUUUAAUAUUGUUAGUGGUAUUAUAAAAAUGCCCCCCUUUCUUGGACUGUUACAAGGGCUUUAUAAGUCUAAGUAAAUGGAUGUCAUAACAGAACAUUCUAAUUUUUAAUUGGACAUGUAUUAUUGAUUGUAGGGCCAAUACACAGAGCAAUGUAAGUCUCAAAAAGAAUUUGAGCGCAUUGGUCUUUUCUACAAUAUCUUUAUGCUGAUAUUUUCUUUUCUCAUAAUAUCUAAGUUGUUCAUGAAAACUCAAAUUCAUUAAUCAUAUUGCUGUUUUAUCAGCAUUUGGUCAAUCUGGGUUUAGUGAAAGCAACUGAGGCUUGAAUUUACUUCAGUAUAGAUGAGAAAAAACUGCGUAGAUGCCAUAAAGGUACAUCAUUUGGUCUACCUCAGGCCUUGUCUCAUUAUAAGUUUAUAUCAACCUGAGCUCCUGGAAAUUACCCGGACAGAGAUUUCUCCCUAUUGCCUGUGAAGUGAGUGCUGACGCUGUGAUAAAUUUCUUAUCAUUAUUCACUGAUAUGCAUUUUAUUAUUUAUUGUGUGGUUUUUAAUUUGAAAAUAAGGAAAACAUUUUGUUUUACAUUGAGAGGUUAAAAAGCUACAAGAAGCUACCCUUCCUCUGGACCUAGUGCUAUGUCCUUGUAAUAAGAACACUCGGGGAAGCUGCAACAGGUGAAGAGUGAGUUAAAAAAACCAAGAAGGCUAUGGGACCGGUUCAAAACUAGCCGACAUAGGCAGCUCCUGACUUGGUGGUGGUGGAAGUUUGGUUUUUGUAAAGCCUACUUCACAGUUUCUGUGUCACGUGUUCUUUUGUUUUCUGAGUUUCAUUUAGAAUGUCAGUGUAUGAGAAAUGAUCAGAAUUGAGUUGAUAUAAAAACACUCUCUCCUAAAAUCCAUCUAAUUCAGGAAUAAAAUACCCUUGUGUGCAUUCUAUAUAUAAAGGGGAAGUUUUUUUCCUCAUUGAGGGCCUUGUUUGCAUAUUUCUUACACUAUGUAUUUCUUAACAAUCAAAUUAUUUCCAUUGUUUCAGCUGAUAAGAUCCUCAGUAAAAUUCUGGUUUUCAUAGUUUAGUAUGUUUAAAAAACAAAAAUAAUGACUUUGCUGUUUGCAAAAUUACAUUCUUGUUCCUAUGUUACCUUUAAAGUUAUAAAGAUGGUAAAAAUUUCUGCCAAAGCAAACUUUAUAAUUUUUAAAUCUUAUUUUAUGUAACAAAUAAAAUAGUCAAAAGAAAGAGGGAACCAUUGUUGUUUCAAAAGAACCAUAAGUUAUCUUUUACUUUGAAAAAUCUGUACAUGAAGAUUUAGACAAACUAAAUUCCAGAAUCUUAUCUAGCAGCAUAGAGGCUGCUUAUGGCAUGCAAAGCUAAAAAUUAAUUC